AUAUAUGUUUAUUGUAAAAUUCGAUCUUUACUUAAUCGUGCAACAAAAAGGGCGAAAACCGAUCUUUUCUCAAAUCAUUCUUAUGAAAAACAUGAAUCAACUUCGUCUAGUUCAUCAUCAUGUAGUGGUUCAAAAACAAAAUACGAAAGACGUGGUUAUGUUAUAGAAAUAAAUUCAAUGAAUAGAACUUCUCGAUUAGCUGUUCCUCAAACAGCAAACACUCUUGGAACGGAUUAUCUUAUGCGAUUAAAUCGUUUAAAAGCUGAUCGACGUUUUGCUUUAGCAACAAUAUUUUUAGUAAGUGAAUAUUUACUUAGUUGGACACCAUAUGCUAUAGUGGCUUUAUUGUAUUUAUUUGAUGUAAAGUAUAUUAGUCCACAAACAGUAUUAAUGACAAUAUGUGCAUUUACUGCCAAAACUUCAAUGAUUCUAAAUCCAUUUUUUUAUAUAGCUACAAUAAAACCUAAUGUAUUCAAAUCGAUGUUUUGUUGUGGUAAAUGUUCAUGUUCUUAUUGUCGCAUGAAAAGAGAAAUGACAGAUUUGUAG